AUGUCACGCCCAUCACCCGUCCUCGUCACCGGCGCCGCUGGCCAACUCGGCGGCGUAGGCGCACACGUCGUCUCCCACCUUCUCUCCGCCAACACGCCCGUCCGCGCGCUCGUCGUCGUCGCCGACCUUACCAACCCCGAGGAAAUCUCCUCCGCAGUCCACGGUUGCAGACGCGUGUUCUUCAGCACCAGCGUCUCGCCGCAAUACCUCGAAGCAACCGCCGUCCUCGCCGCCGCAGCCCGCGCCACCCCAGGCGGUAUCGAGCUGCUCGUCAACAUGUCCCAAAUGACCGUCUCACAGCUCGACAUCACCCACUCCUCCUCCUUCUCGCCGCAGCACAGACUGCAGUGGCUCAGCGAGCAGGUUCUCAACUGGUCUGGCGUGCCCGUCACGCAUCUCCGCCCCACCGUGUUUCACGAGAACCCUCUCUUCUGGUCCCUCGCUGCAAAAUCACUUACUGACACCCCUGACACCAUCACACUCCCCUUCGGCCGCAGCCUUAUCUCGCCAAUUGCCGCUGCCGAUGUGGGAGCGGUCGCUGCGAAGGUGUUGCUUGAGCCUGACGCGGCGAGGUAUGCGGGGCGGGUGUUGGAGUUGACGGGCCCAAGGGCAGAGGAUAUGUAUAGUCUGGUAGAAGAGUAUUCGGCCGGGCUGGGGAGGCUGAUCCGAUACGAGGAGAUUCCAUUGGAGACGUGGAGAGAGAAGAUGCUGGCGAAGAGCGAUAUGUCGGAGCAUGUAGUGCAGCAUGUUCUGACCAUGGCCAGGUUACAUGCCGAGGGCAAAUAUGACAGAUAUACAAGCACGGUGGAGGAUGUUCUUGGGAGACCGGCUGUGAGUAUUUCGAAGACGAUUCGAGAGGGAAAAUUUCCUAUCUCGUAG